AUGUCGGGAGCUCCGUAUAACUACUCCUACAUUUUCAAGUAUAUCAUCAUUGGUGAUAUGGGCGUAGGAAAAUCAUGCCUACUGCACCAAUUCACCGAAAAGAAAUUUAUGGCUGACUGCCCACAUACUAUUGGUGUCGAGUUCGGAACCCGUAUUAUUGAGGUCAGUGGACAGAAAAUCAAACUACAAAUAUGGGACACUGCCGGACAGGAGAGAUUUCGGGCUGUAACUCGUUCAUACUAUCGUGGGGCUGCUGGAGCCCUGAUGGUGUACGACAUCACAAGACGUUCUACAUAUAAUCACCUGAGCAGCUGGCUCACCGAUGCAAGAAAUCUCACCAAUCCGAAUACGGCCAUUUUCUUAAUUGGGAAUAAAUCGGAUUUGGAAGGGCAAAGGGAUGUACCGUAUGAGGAAGCGAAGGCAUUUGCUGAGGAAAAUGGCUUGACAUUCCUUGAAUGUUCUGCGAAAACGGGUGACAAUGUUGAAGACGCUUUUUUGGAAACAGCGAGGAAAAUCUAUCAAAAUGUAAAGGAUGGCAGCAUUGAUCUGAAUGCAGCGGACACGGGUGUACAGCCAAAACAGAAUUUGCCACGUGCGGCGGCUAAUGCAGGACAAGAGAAGAAGGACUGCAACUGUUAA